AUGACUCCCCCGUGGCACACACAGCCCCUCCUCCCCUGGAGGAAGCUGGCAGGUCUGGUUAAAUCUUUGAUGUUUUCACAGCAGCCUACUUGGGAUGACUGCCAACAACUCCUAGGGACUCUCUUCAUGACAAAAGAACGAGAGAGAAACCUCCUGGAAGAAAAAAAUAUCCUCGGAUCAGAUGGGCGACCGACAAAACUUCCCAACAUAAUUGAAGCUGGCUCCCCCUUGAACUGACCCAACUGAGACCCCAACACCUUUGAAGGUAGGGAGCAUCUGUCCACUUAUCGCCGGGCUUUAAUAGUGGGUUUCCGAGCGGCCGCUAGGUGACCAACUAAUUUGGCCAAGGUAAGAGAGAUUAUUCAAGGGCCUGAUGAAUCUCCCUCUAUGUUUCUAGAGAGAAUUAUGGAGGCAUAUAGGAGAUAUACUCCUUUCAAUCCUCAGGCAGAGGAUCAAAAGGCAUCUGUCACGAUGGCCUUUAUUGGGCAAGCUGUCCUGGAUAUUAAAAGAAAGUUACAGCGUUUAGAUGGAUUACAAGAUAUGACUUUGAGAGAUUUAGUCAGAGAAGCCGAGAAGGUAUACUAUAAGAGAGAAACUGAGGAAGAGAAGGAACAAAGGAGGGAGAAAGAAAGGGAGCAAAGUGAGGAUGAAAGAAGCAAAAGACAGACUAAGGCAUUGACUAAAGUCCUGGUCACAACAACAAAUAGGCCAAAAAUUAAGAAACAGGGAGACAGGAAGGGAUACCUGGGCCCACGCCAGAGGCUGCCCCUGGCCUCAGAUCAAUGUGCCUACUUUAAAGAAAAAGGACACUGGGCCAAAGAGUGCCCUAGAAAGAGACAGCCACGCCAGCCUGCCGUUCUGACUCUAGAAGAUGACUAGGAAAGUCGCGGCUCGGAUCCCCUCCCCAAGCUCAGGGUAACUUUUGAAGUGGAGGGGACCCCAGUGAACUUUGAAGUGGAUACAGGGGCAGUAUACUUAGCCCUUAAGACCCCACUGGGCCCCCUAUCAAAUAAAAGGUCUCUGGUUCAAGGGGCUAACGGCAGUAAAUAUUGGGCUUGGACAACUAAGAGGACUAUGGACAUAGGAAAGGGAAAAGUCCACCACUCUUUCCUAGUAAUCCCAGAAUGCCUGGCCCCAUUGAUGGGCAGAGAUCUGCUUACCAAACUCCGGGCUAGAAUAACCUUUAACCCUGAUGGUCCCCAAGUGGAGUUUCUAAAUCCCUCAGUAAAAACUCCCAUAGUCACGGCCCUGACUAUGUCAGUAGAAGAUGAACAUCAACUCUUCACACCCCUCAGGACUGAUCAAACAGGCAAGCUACCCCAGAAAUGGAUGAUAGAUUAUCCUGAUGCCUGGGCAGAAACUGCUGGGUUAGGCCUAGCCAUAAGACAACCUCCAAUAGUAGUAGAAUUAAAAGCCUCUGCCUCUCCAGUCAGUGUUAAACAAUAUCCUCUAAGCAAAGAAACUAAGGAUGGGAUAAGGCCCCAUAUUCAGAAAUACCUGGCUCUAGGGGUCCUAAGGCCCUGUCAAUCAGCCUGGAAUACCCCCCUGCUACCAGUAAGAAAGCCAGGAACUGGGGACUAUCACCCCGUUCAAGACCUAAGAGAGAUCAACAACAGAGUGCAGGACAUCCACCCCACGGUACCUAAUCCAUAUAAUCUGCUCAGCACUCUGAAUCCGGAGCGGAAAUGGUACACUGUACUGGACUUAAAAGCUGCUUUCUUCUGCUUGCCCCUACAUAAGGACAGUCAGCUGCUGUUUGCUUUCGAGUGGGUAGACCCAGAAACAGGAACAUCUGGCCAACUAACCUGGACUAGACUCCCACAGGGGUUCAAAAACUCCCCCACUCUCUUUGAUGAAUCCCUCCACAGGGACCUCAAUGACUUCAGAACUACGCACCCCGAAGUCACCCUACUCCAAUAUGUGGAUGACCUGCUACUAGCAGCCGACACCAAGAAGAACUGUGAGUCUGGGACCCAAGCCCUAUUAUCCGAGCUUGCUCAGCUUGGAUAUAGGGCUUCUGCCAAAAAGGCUCAAAUUUGCCAGCAAGAAGUAAUCUUCCUGGGUUAUUCUCUUAGGGGUGGCAAACGAUGGCUCACUGAGCCCAGAAAACAAACCGUUGUGCAGAUUCCGCCCCCAUCCAAUAAGAGACAACUCAGGGAGUUUCUUGGGACUGCCGGCUUUUGCAGGUUGUGGAUUCCUGGGUUCGUGUCUCUGGCCGCCCCUCUAUACCCGCUGUUAAAGGGGGAUGCCCAAUUCCAAUGGACCCCCGAGCACCAACAAGCAUUUGAUAAUAUCAAAAAGGUGCUGCUAUCUGCUCCAGCCUUAGCACUCCCGGAUGUAGAAAAACCCUUUACUCUCUACAUUGAGGAAAAGAAAGGAAUAGCACGGGGGGUGCUCACUCAAACUUUGGGGCCCUGGAAAAGGCCUGUAGCAUACUUAUCAAAAACACUGGACCCAGUGGCUAGCGGGUGGCCCCAUUGCCUAAAAGCUAUAGCAGUGGCGGCCCUUCUAAUAAAAGACGUUGAUAAAUUAACACUGGGACAGAAGCUAACCAUUAUAGCCCCCCAUACCCUGGAGAGCAUUAUCCACCAGCCUCCAGACAGAUGGCUAUCAAAUUCUAGAAUAACCCGCUACCAGAGCCUAUUGCUCGACAAGGAUAGAAUAACGCUGGGACCCCCUGCCCUGCUCAACCCGGCUACACUGCUACCAGAAGAAUCAUCAGGACCCGUCGCUCAUGAGUGUCAACACAUACUGGCAGAAGAAACCAGCAUACGAUGAGACUUGAAGGAUCAGCCACUGCCUCACCCUGAAGUCAUAUGGUUCACGGACGGUAGUAGCUUCCUCCAGGAUGGUAAGCGGCGAGCUGGAGCAGCAGUAGUUAGCGAAACUAAUGUCAUCUGGUCCUCUGGUCUCCCAGAAGGAACAUUUGCUCAAAGAGCAGAACUGAUUGCCCUUACGAAAGCAUUGGAACUAGCAACAGACAAGAGGGCCACCAUAUACACUGAUAGCCGCUAUGCAUUUGCUACCGCUCAUGUACACGGGGCUAUUUAUCAGCAAAGGGGGCUAUUAACCUCGGCCGGGAAAGAAAUAAAGAACAAGGAUGAGAUUCUCCGCCUUCUCUCAGCAGUGCAGGGAUCUUUGGUGUUUCCUGAUAUAAAUAAAGCAGGCACAGGCUCCAUUUUGUGUAGAAGCUCCAUCCUUCUGAUCAUCUUGCCGGGAUUAUCUCCCUCGCCAGAAGAGCAUGAACUUAAAAUUUUGCCUUGUUGGUCUUUCCUAAAAACGAGGGCAACUCAACUCUGCAAUACGAAACAUUUCGUCCUCUUUGAAAAGCCGACUGCCGCAGAGGAACUUUCGAUGUUUUCAAAUAACUUCCCAGCGCCAGAUAUAGGAACUCCUUCCGGUCUACGUUUGUUAACCACCAAGUGCUGCCUGGCGAGGAUCUGUAGUUCCUGCCCGGGAAACCGUGCGGUGGCCGCCAUCUUGCGUACGGAGGUGCGGCUCGUUACCCUUAUCCUGACGGCGGAGCGUUUAUUCUCUUCAGCUUUCUGCUUUGUGGCCGUGUCCCGGCGUUUCUUUCACCUUUAUAAAGCGACUGGGGUUGUCGCUGACUUGGCCGGAACCCUUAGGUUAACUGUUAAGGUAGGAGUCUGGAGUGAACUGGAGCCCCAGAAGCCUUCAAAAUCCCUAGACACGACCCGAACUUGUCUCCGUUGGAGCAGAGGAACUGGGCGACGCACUUUGGGCCCGGCAGCUCUCUUUGGAGGUCAGGAGGCCGUGGGACCGCGGCCUAGGUUGUGA